UAAAAAGGGAACAAGUGAGCUUUAGCAUGCAGGAGAUCACUAAGCUUUGGUCCAACCAGUUACAAACAAAGUAGUCCUCAAGGAUGGUGAAGGCUGUGCUUUCUGCUGUUUUGGUGUUGGCGGUCAUUUCCUCCACCAUUGCCAAAUACAUCCCGAAAACUGGCAAGAGGAUCCCACAGACUCUGUCGAGAGGAUGGGGUGACCAGCUGAUCUGGGCUCAGACAUAUGAGGAGGCUCUCUACUGGUCAAGGUCAAGGAACAAGCCUCUGAUGGUCAUAUUUCACCUUGAGGACUGUCCACACAGCCAAGCACUGAAGAAGGUCUUCUCUGAAAACAAUGAGAUCCAGAAAACUCUUGAUGAGGAUUUCGUCGUUCUCAAUCUCAUGUAUGAAACCACAGACAAGCAUUUGUCCCCUGAUGGACAAUAUGUUCCACGGAUCCUUUUUGUUGACCCGUCCAUGACCGUGAGGGCUGACAUCAAUGGACGCUACUCUAACCGCAUGUACGCCUAUGAAACGGGUGACAUCAGCCUCUUGAUAACCAACAUGCAGACAGCUAAGAAGCUCCUGAAGAGUGAACUGUGAGAACCUGGACUCCACCCAGUCUGUCACCACUCAUCAGAUAAACUCUGUUUACCACUAAUCUUUAUGAUUUUCAUCCUAAAUAAAAUGUACUGAUUCUUACAAUUUGUGAAGCUAAUCGUCUGGACAUAUAUUUGAUUUAUGUUGACAUAAAUCAAAUAUACUGUAAUAUGAAUUAAUUCUUUUGUUUGUCAAUACAACACAUUAAAACAAAAAUGUGUCUUA